AUGAGCGAUUCAGAACAAUGGAAAGAGAUACCGUUAUUUGCUCCAACAGAAGAUGAUUUAAAAGAUGUUAGAACUCAUAUUUUUAAAUUCAGCUCCAAAAAUGAAAUAAAUUUUGAUAAAUUCCAAAGACCAGUGUAUAUGAGUCGGAAAGAUCCUAGAAAUAUUAGUUUUCAUCUAUCUAGAAAAGAACAAGAACAACGUAAAAAGGAGAGACAAGAAGAAGAAGCAAGGAAAAAAGAGGAAAUAGAACGAGAGAAAGCUCAACAAGAUCAAGAAGAUCAAUCAAAACCUAAAGCACAAACACCAGAUGCAGAGCAAAGUAAAAUUGCACCAGAUGGAGGAGCUCGUAGAGGUAAAAAAAGUCUUUUCAAACGUAAGACUAAACAAAUAAAUUUAAUGGAUGAUGCUAAGAGAAAACUUCGUUACGAAGAACAUUUCCCAUGGAUACUAGAAGAUUAUACUGGUGAUAAUGUAUUCACAUCAAGUUAUGAGGCCCCUUCCAAUGAACAAGCUCUAUUUGUAUUUGAUAAGAAUGGUUUCAAAUUAAUACCUGUUGAAAAGUCAUAUAGAUUUGCUCCAAGAAAUAGAUAUGCCACAUUGACGAUUGAAGAAGCUGAAGCCAAAAUGAGUGAAAGUAAUAUACCACGUUGGCUUAUGAAACAUAUGGAAGAAGACUCGAUACAGGAAGGAAUUCCAGAUCAAAGAUUUAAAAAAAGUUUUCGAACAGCAAGUAAUAAUAUGAGAACUGUUACAGGAGGUGCAGUAAAUGAGCGAGAUUCAGAUCAUGAUGAUUUGGAUUUUGAAGAAGAAUUUGCAGAUGAUGAAGAAGCUCCGAUUAUGGAUGGAGAUGAAGAAGAAAAUAAAUUAUCAGAGCGUAAAGUUAAAAAAGAAAUGUUGAAAGCUGCUCAUUUCAAUGCUGAAGAAGAAGCAGAUGAUGAUUUAGAUGAUCUUUUUGAAACUGAAAAAUCAAGAAAAGUGGAUAAAGAAGGUAAAAAAUUGAGAAAAGUAUUGAAUAAAAGAGAAGGUGGCAUAUAUGAUAGUGAUGAAGAUGAACAAGAAGGUCAACAAUAUUUAUCUAAAUCAGAUUUAGAAAGUGAUGAAGAAAGUGAAUCAGAAAUUAAAGUUAAGACGGAACCAGGUGAAGAUGAACCGUUACAACCGCAACAAUAUCAAAGAACAAUUAGCGCGAAAGACAUUGGAGAUGGGUUUGUUUUAGUGAAAGCACCUAAAGAGUUCCUAGAGACAUUACCUUUUGGAGAUUGGCUUCCAAAUGGUAGAAAACCAGAUUUGUCUGCACCUUUUAAACGAAUCAAAUUGGAAAAGACCCCAUCGAAAGAACGUUCACCUUCACCAGCGCCAGUUGUAAAUACCGCAAUUACGGAAGAUGAUUUGAAUAACCCUGGUCCUGACUCAUUGUUGGUUACAGUGAAAGACGUUCUUGAUAUCGUACGAGAUAGACCAUUAACCACAAAAGAGUUAUUAGUUGGCUUAAAAAGUAGAGUCAGUGCUCAUCCAGAUAACAAGCAACGUAUAAUUGCUAUAGUCAAACAAAACUUGAAAUUAGUUGAUGGUAAAUUAGUAUUAAAAGAGUAA